AAUCAAUUAAGGCAGACUGACAUGGAAUUACAAGGAGUUACAGAAGGUGUUACAGAUUAUUUGGUAGCACAGCAAAUUGCACUAAACCAGAAGACUGGAGGGUUGGGGAACGCAUCUAACGGGAGAGCCUGACAACCAUGAACAGUUUAACAUUCAAAUAUCUGUUGCUCAUCAUUGGAUUGAUUGGGACUCAUUGCAGGCCAUCCACUGAAAGUGAGGAAAGUGAAGAAUCUAGCAAUGAAAUAGAUGAUGAUGAUGAAACGCCCGAUCAAGUACCACACAAUGAUAAAGAAACAGAAGGGGAACUUGUGGAGGGUGACAUAUUAUCCAGCGGAGGUGUGUUCAGAAAUGCUAAUGUUCAACCAAAGAUGUGGCCGGGUGGUGAAGUCUUUUAUGAAAAACCGAGGACAACAACAUUCUCAUCUGGUGUGAUUGAUAACAUUACCCAGGCUAUGGCAGAUAUAACUGCUGCAUCUGGGAAUUGUAUAGUGUUUAAAGAAAGGACUAUACGGACAGGAAAAAGAAAUUAUAUUCAAAUUAAAAAAGACCGUGGAUGCUUCUCAAAAGUAGGAAUGGUGGGGGGACCUCAGCCACUAUCACUAGGACUAGGAUGCUAUAAAAAGGGUGUUAUAAUACAUGAGUUUCUUCAUGCUCUCGGAGUCAAUCAUGAACACACACGGCAUGAUAGAGACCAACAUAUUGAAGUUAAAAAGAACAAUGUUUUGAGUUUAGAUGUGUACAAUAAUAACUUCAAGAAGAGGAUAAUUCACGAUGAUUAUGGCAUUCCUUACUGCUAUAUGAGCAUAAUGCAUUACAGCAACACAGCAUUUUCUAAAAGUGAUAACGACAAAACAAUAAUUCCAUUGAUCAAUCCUAGCCUGAAAUUAGGACAGAGAGUCAAGUUAGACUCAUGUGAUAUCAAGCUCCUGAAGGAAAUGUAUAAGUGCACUCCAGGCAAGGGAUCAGGUAUACCCAAAGAAGAUAGUUCUGAUGACUCAUAUUCUUCAUAUUCUUCAUAUUCUUUAUAUAAAAAACCUGGCACAUGAAAAUGAAAGGACAAUCAUCAAAGGCCAAUGAUACCAUGAAAUGACACAUGAGACUGUUUGAAAUUUUCAUGGAUCUUUAGACUUUUUUCUUAUAAUAAUAAUAUUAUUAUUUGAAUACAUUGCAGAUCAAUGUAACUGUUAUGUUUCAUGAAUAUUUUAAUUUAAUGUAUAUACAUUAUGUGUCCUAUAUUUUGGAUUCCAAAUAUGUGUACAG